AUGACGCUGGAUAGGAGUAGUUUUCAUUAUGGUACAAAUAUAAUUGCACGCCGUGGGGCUCUGCGGCAAAAAAAUGUCACGGAAGUUAAAGGUCAUAAAUUUGUAGCUAAGUUUUUCAAACAGUUCACAUUUUGCGGACACUGCAAAGAUUUCAUAUGGGGUCUUGGAAAACAAGGUGUUCAGUGUCAGAUAUGCUGCUUUGCUGCUCACAAGAGAUGUCACCAGUUUGUAGCGUUUAAAUGUCCUGGUGCAGACUUAGGACCAGAGUGUGAUGCAAAAAAGUGCCACAAAUUCAGGCCACAUAAUUACUCCAGUCCUACUUUUUGUGACCACUGUGGCUCACUGCUCUACGGACUUGUUCAACAAGGUUUAAAAUGUCAAAGUUGUGAUAUGAAUGUUCACAAAAGGUGCGAGACAAACGUUCCCCGUCUUUGUGGAGUAGAUCAUACUGAACGCCGUGGGCGUAUCUACCUCAAAAUCACCUGGCAAGAAUCCACAUUUGUUGUUGAAGUUAAAGAAGGAAGGAAUCUUAUUCCAAUGGAUCCAAAUGGUCUUGCUGAUCCAUAUGUCAAAAUUAAAUUUGGACCAAGCGACGAAUUCGGACGUAAAUUCAAAACUAAAACAGUGAAGUCCAACCUCAAUCCUGUAUGGGAUGAAACGUUUACUAUUGAUCUACAUCCUGAAGAUGAGUCAAAGCGAUUGAAUUUCGAGGUUUGGGAUUGGGAUCGUGCAUCACGUGAUGACUUCAUGGGUGCUUUAUCGUUUGGAGUUACUGAGCUGAUUAAAAAGCCUGUUGAUUGUUGGUUCAAACUGCUGAGUCAAGAAGAAGGCGAGUAUUAUUCAAUUCCUUGUACAACGGACAAUAACACUCCAUCGUACGCAGAUUUAGCUUCUGAAUAUGAGACGCAUUUCAAGACAGAUAUUUACGAGGACGAUGAAAAUCUUCAAAAUGGUCCAACUAAAAUUCGAGAUGUGGUCAGAGCAACUGACUUCAAAUUUAUAAAAGUACUGGGCAAAGGAAGUUUUGGAAAGGUUGUGUUAGCUGAACGAAAAGAUACGGAUGAACUAGUAUUAGCAUUACAACGUAAACCAGCAUUUCUUGUUCAGUUACAUUCCACUUUUCAAACUAUGGACCGAUUGUACUUUGUAAUGGAAUUUGUAAAUGGUGGUGAUUUAAUGUUCAGAAUACAAAAAGAAGGCAAAUUCAAAGAGCCUGUUGCUGUUUUUUACGCUGCUGAAGUCGCUGUUGGUUUGUUUUUUCUACAUGAUAAAGGCAUCAUAUACAGAGAUUUAAAAUUGGAUAAUUUAUUGCUAGACUCUGAAGGACAUAUAAAGAUAGCUGAUUUUGGAAUGUGUAAAGAUGGUAUUACUGGAGAUGCUACAACACAGACAUUCUGUGGUACACCUGAUUAUAUUGCACCAGAAAUACUACUGUAUAAACCCUAUGGAAGAUCAGUGGACUGGUGGUCGUAUGGCGUUCUGUUGUAUGAAAUGUUAGCUGGUCAGCCGCCAUUUGAGGGUGAAGAUGAAGAGGAUUUAUUCGCAAAUAUUUUACAGCAUAAUAUUUCGUAUCCUAAGAGUUUAUCCAAAGAAUCUGUAUCCAUUUGUAAAGCUCUUCUUACUAGGGAUCCAGUUAAACGACUUGGUUGUGGUCCAGAUGGUGAACAAGAAAUUAAAGAACAUUUAUUUUUCCGGCGUUUAGAUUGGGAAAAAAUUGCUCUGCGUUUAGUCCAGCCUCCUUACAAACCAAUCACCUAUUCACCAUGUGAUACAAGUAACUUUGACAGUGAAUUCACCAAAGAUACACCUGAAUUAACACCAACUGACAAAUUAUUUGUGAUGAAUUUAACUCAAACUGAGUUCAGUGGAUUUUCUUUGUUAAUCCAGAGUUUGUUGUUGAAGUAUAG